AUGCAAUCUACCCAAAUUUCUUCUACUACUCCGCUGGUACCAAGUGAGGUUAUUCUUCCUCCACAGCCACCUCAGAACAUCCCGCCAGAGUUCAAAAAUACACUGUCAUCGCGGAUCAAUCUCUUCGAAGGCUUCGAUCAGUCAUUCUCUGAACUUCCUAAUCCGUAUCAACCGGUUAUUCCUCUGAUGGGUGCAAGUUCAUACUACGGUUCCACCGGUCAUAGUAAUCAUCGGUCUUAUGAACACAGUCAUGGACAGACAGGCAACAAUGAAACAAUCCAUUUGAGAUCACAACAACAGAAACGGAAACCAAGAGUACUAUUCACACAGCAUCAGGUAAACGAAUUGGAAGAACGAUUCAAAAAGCAACGCUAUGUCACGGCUAGUGAACGCGAAGAAUUGGCUCAAUGUCUUGGUCUGACGGCCACACAAGUGAAAAUAUGGUUUCAAAAUCGGCGAUACAAAUGUAAAAGAUUGGCUCAAGACCGCACUUUACAAUUGACUCAAAUUCCGUUCAACCCCAAUUCCAAAAUGCAAAAUCUCCCAUUUGGAGCGUUCGUAGUCUCCGGAUGUGUGAUAGUAUACGUAAUAUUUUUGGGAUUCGCCAGUUAUUCACCAACUUUUGUUCCUGAAAAUACUUAUGGUGUCUACCAAGCAAUCGUUGGUAAACUUCCAAAGAUGUACCAGCAAUCUGAGACUAAAGAAAACAUUUCUGGUGAUACUGAUACUAGUACCGAGUUAGAACCGUGGGAUAGGUGUGUACUCCCAAAAUACGACGUUUGGGACGAUCAAAUUAUACCGUAUGUCAACCCGGAUAGGAACCCAAUUAAAGACUGUGACACAUCUUUCAAACCAUUCACGGUACUGAAAAAUUCUUCUUGGAGCAUAGUGAACAAAAACAAGAACCUUGAAUGCAAAGCUAGAUGUCAUUCACGUAAAAGUGAUAGAGCUAACAAAAUUGGAAACUGGAGUUUCACACCUGGCCCUGUUGAUUGUGAAUUCCUGGAAGCUGUCUGUUCGGAAGACAAAAAAGAAGUUUACGGGUACCUGCAUUCUCAAAUCAUCCCAAAAUCACUUCCAAGAACACUAUCAUAUUUCACUAAUCACAUGGAUGGUGUCAUAUUUCCUUAUAUGAACAAAAUCGGGGAGAAUAGCAGACCUAACGGUGUUCCAAUUUGGUUUGGAAAGUCAUUGGAAAAAGUAGACCGAAGCUUAUUUGAUGAAAAAUUGAUACCACCUGAUUGGUCGCACAAAUACUUUUGUAACACUUUCAAGGACAAUGAAACAUCGCUUUUCAGUGAGUUCCAUGAUUAUGGAUACCGAACACUUUUGGCGGAAGAUUGGGCGGAAGGCACAAUGAAUUGGCCUAAUUGUGUUGGUUUUGAUAAACCACCGAUCGACCAUUUUAUGAGACCAUUUCAAAAUGCGUAUGAAAGAAGAAAUCAAGGAGCAGCUAUUACACAAAAACACUUGAAAGGAGGGAAGUUGUGUAGGCAAACACAUAAUACGUUAUUGGAUUACAUGGGCCAAUUUACUGAUGCCUACCCAGACCAAAAGAAAUUCGGAUGGAUGUGGGCAAUUGACUUGGGUCAUAACUCUGAAAAUGGGUUCACACAUGCAGACAAAGAUUUUCAUAAUUAUUUGAUCAAGCAUAGAAAACAGCUCGAAAACUCCUUCGUAUUUAUACUCGGUGACCAUGGAUUACGGUUCGGUGAUGUCAGAAACACUUUUAUUGGAGCACUCGAUGUGAAUAACCCGUUUACUGGAGUGUCGAUCCCUAGAAUCUUGAGAAGGACAACAGAUAUUUUGAGUAUCAUGUCAGAGAACGCGAAGAAUAUUCAGAGUCACUUUGAUACGAGAGCAACCAUUUUGGAUAUUAUGAAGUAUCAAUCUGCUCGGAGUUUUGCUGAAACUGAACCUUAUCAAAUUCCUGGAGAAAAAGGACAUUCUUACAUCCGCAAACAACCGAGCACGCCAAGAAACUGUCGAACUAUGCCAGUUCCAUUGGAGUACUGUAUUUGUCAGUUCAACAAAACUAAGAUUGCAACAAACACCGCAAACGCCGAAGCGAUAGGCAAGGCGUUAGCACUUGCGGUUAACGCUCAAAUAGAAGAUGGAAACUUUGCUGAUAAAUGUAUCAAAAUGGAAUGGGAAAAGACAAUAUCAUUAUUAGAGUACGAGCACAAAUUCCGCGGAGCCACUUUGUAUAGGGUAACUGCAGAAAUGAAAGAACCAAGCAAAGCACAAUUCAGGGCCAGCGUGAAAAUUGUUGACGGGAAUAUCAAAGUAUUAGGAAUGGUAGAGAGGAGCAACAAGUACGGUAAAACAGCUGACUGCAUUAAAUCAGAGCAUCAUCGACCGUAUUGUUAUUGUAAAAAUCAGAAGUAUUAG